UAUUAUCUAUGCUUGGAAGUCUGUUUGUAUGUCAAUUAAGUUAUUUUAUGUUUAUGUCCUUUUUUUGUAGUUAUUUUUUACUUUUGAAUAGAAAAUUAUGUGUUGAACUUCAUAAAUAUAGGUAUGCUAUUUGGAUAACAUCCAAUGUCAUUAGCGGAAUUACGUAGCCACUUUUUUUUGCAGUAAUGGACCUAGUUCGCAAAUACCUUUCAACCGUCGUAAGAGCAAUAAAUAUAAAUUUAGAUUUUCAUUGUGAAUCGUUGCAACCGGUCGGUCGAUUCCAAUCGUAUUAUAUAAUUUGCCUUUCCAAAUACGAAUUAUUCAUGUUGUGUACCGAAGGCAGACCGCGUUAACUUUAUAGCACUAUAUUUUGUAAAAUAUGUUAAAGUUUUUAACAUGUUUCAUCAUUUUGAUUUCGUAUUCGAAUUCUGAACUGAUACUCGAAAAGGUUUUGUUGCUUAGUAGGCAUAAUGUGAGGACUCCAUUGUCUAAAUCAUUACCGCAAACUUCCCCAAGACAAUGGCCUUCCUGGAGAGAAAAAAGUGGUUACUUAACGUCGAAAGGAAGGCUUCUAGAGGGAUACAUGGAUUACAAGAAUUCGCCACUUUGUAAACAAGAGGGUCUCUGUGAUAUGCUGACAGAUGAGAACCGUCCAAUGGUUAUUACAGGAAAGAAGCCAUUCAUAUCAGGUCCGUUGAAAUUAAGCAAAUCUGUGGUGGAUUCCUUCAUUAUGGAAUAUUAUGAGGGGUUUCCAUCGAACGAAGUGGCAUGGGGACAAAUAAAAUCUGAAGAUGAAUGGAGUACAAUAUUAAAUUUGAGCAGAGCUUAUCUCAAUGCUAUUUUCACUAUUAAAUUAAUAUCUCUAGAUUUGUCAAAACCAUUAUUAGGUUACCUAUCAAGUUUUUUAUUGAACGAUAAUAGCCCUAAAGUUGUAUUACUUAUGGGUCACGAUGCGAACAUUUACACAGUUCUAAGCGCAAUGGACUUUAAGCCUCAUGUUUUACAUGGUCAGUAUGAAGCCGUACCGGCUGGAGGGAAGAUUGUGUUUCAGAAAUGGUUCAACAUGCUCAACGGGAGCUAUCAUAUGAAAAUAGAAUAUGUAUAUCAAACUGCAGAUAAAAUGAGGAACGGAGUGAAAUUGUCUCUUGAUGAGCCCCCUGAAUUUACUACUUUAGAAUUGAAGGCUUGCACCGUAGACAAAGAUGGUUACUGCCCGUGGAACGAAUUUAAAACUUUAUUAGAGGAAUUGAUUGCCUAAAAAAAAUUGAAUAUAGUCAGAUUUAAUGCUGACUAAAUUGGAUUCGUGUUCUAAGUUGUAAAUGUGCAAAAGGAUAUAUUUUUAAAAUGCAGCAAUAUAAUAAAAAUGUAAUAUAAAAAAAAUGUAGAAAUGUAAUAUAAUAAAAUAAUGUAAAAAUGUAAUUGACUAUUAUAGUAAAUGACUUGUAGAAUAUUUUUGUUCAUAUUAAAUUUGUGUAGUUUUUGUUUCAAUGAAAUUGGCGAUUAUGACAGUAAAUAAAAGGAGUGUGUUUAAAAAAUGA